AUGGCGGAUGAUUUCCCGUUGUGGUUUCCACCCGAUAGUAGCGACGACUCGUCCGAUGAUAGCAUUCUUUUUUUCCAAAAUCUACUCGAAGAAGCCGAACUACAAGACACCGGUACAUCAAACCAAAGGAGAUACAUUGAACGUCAGCGGGAGGUUGGGCACGAGACCCUCAUGGCGGAUUAUUUUGUCGAAGACCCGAAAUACAACGACGCAAUUUUUUGGCAAAAGUUCCGUAUGUCGAAACGGUUGUUUUUAAAUAUUGUGACCGCCGUGGAAGCGAAUGACGAAUACUUUCAAGAGUCCUACGAUGCGCGAGGUCGGAGGAGCUUUACGCCGCUGCAAAAGGUUACAUCAGCUAUUAAACAGCUCGCAACCGGUAACCCUCCAGACGAAGGAGACGAGUACUUGCAUAUGGCUGCAAGAACUUCCCGCGAGUGCCUAGAAUAUUUUUGCGAAACGGUUUGCAGAAUAUAUGGUUCGGAGUUCUUACGUAGGCCGACAAGCCACGACAUGACACUGUUAUACGACGCACAUGAAGAACAACAUCACCUUCCAGGUAUGUUCGGUAGCCUUGAUUGCACCCAUUUCGUCUGGCGAAUGUGUCCCACCGAGCUUCGAGGGCAGUAUAUGAGAGGAGAUCACCGAUACCCGACUGUUAUGCUCGAAGUAGUGGCGUCUCAAGAUUUAUGGAUUUGGCAUGCUUUUUGCGGUCCACCGGGUUCGCAGAACGAUAUCAAUGUGCUAGGACAAUCGCCGUUAUUCUUAACGGAACGAAAUGGAACCGCGCCAAAAUGUCCAUUUUACGUCAACAACCAUUAUUACAAACGUGGUUAUUUGCUCGUGGAUGGAAUUUACCCAAAAUGGUCCGUGUUUGUGAAAUCGAUCUCAUACCCUCAAGAAGUAGACGAAAAGAUGUUCAAAAGGCAACACGAGGCGGCAAGAAAAGACGUCGAAAGGGCUUUUGGGGUUUUGAAGUCAAAAUGGGGUGUCUUGAAUCGGCCGAUGCGAGCAAGGACGGUUAAAAAAAUUAGGAAUGUUGUGUACACGUGUAUUAUUUUACACAACAUGAUUUUAAAAGACGACGGAAACGCGAUUGCACCGGUACACAUUCAGGAUCCUCCGGUCGAGCCCGCGUUUGAUGAUAGGGUGUUGGGCGAGCUAAUGGAUGAAGAUACGCAUUGGAGACUUAAACACGAUCUCACGGUUCAUCUCGCAAGUCAAGAUUUGCCCCACCUGUUGGUUGAUUCUGACGAAGAGUAG